AUACGACUUUUCGUUUUCGCUCCUUCUUAUCGUACCCGUAGCGAUUUUGAGUGCGUGUCAAUUUCUGUUGAUGUCCACUCAGAAACUGCACUAAAUACUAAUUAAUAUUUUUUUACAUUAAAAAUAAGUUCAAAAGUUUGUCGAAACAAAUCAGCAUAAAAAAUCUUGUCAUUAUGUCAGAACAAGUGGAGGAAAUAAUCGAGAGUGUAACUGAGGCGGUUGUCGAAACGGUAGAAAAUGUUACCGAAACUAUCACAAAUGCCAAAACUCCAUCGACUCCUGAAGGUAUGGCCGUUGCAUACGGAAGCCUCGUUAUCAUGGCCAUAUUACCAAUUGUCUUCGGUUCCAUAAGAUCUGUAAAACACCAGAAAAUGAAGAAGGAAUCAGGAGAAAAAGCUGAUACUAUGACAAAUCGCGAUGCCAUGUUCUUCCCCAUCAUUGCCUCGUGCACACUGUUCGGGCUUUAUUUGUUCUUCAAGAUUUUCUCAAAGGGCCGUAUCAACCUGCUCAUAACCGGGUACUUCUUCUUCCUUGGAGUCGUUGCUCUGGCCCAUCUUCUGAGUCCCAUUGUUGGCUCGCUGAUACCAACGUCAAUUCCAAAAAUUCCAUUCCACAUCCUCUUCACCAAAGGUGAGGGCAAAAAGAAGGAAGACAUCGUCAAUUAUAAGUUUUCCACCCACGAUAUUGUCUGCCUGCUGAUAUCCUCCGUUAUUGGAGUUUGGUACCUUCUGCAGAAACAUUGGAUUGCCAAUAAUCUCUUUGGUCUUGCCUUCGCCGUCAACGGUGUGGAACUGCUGCAUUUGAACAACAUCGUCACCGGAUGCAUUCUCCUGAGUGGACUGUUCUUGUACGAUAUAUUCUGGGUAUUCGGAACCAACGUCAUGGUUACUGUGGCCAAGAGCUUCGAAGCUCCCAUCAAACUAGUAUUCCCCCAAGAUCUCAUCACAAACGGCCUGAGUGCCUCAAACUUCGCUAUGCUCGGUCUUGGAGACAUCGUCAUUCCUGGAAUUUUCAUUGCUUUGUUGUUGCGUUUCGAUCACAGUCUAAAGAGGAAGAGUCGCAUUUAUUUCUAUUCGACUUUGGCUGCGUAUUUCAUGGGACUUAUGGCAACUAUUUUCGUCAUGCACGUAUUCAAACACGCACAACCAGCUUUGUUAUACCUCGUUCCAGCUUGCAUGGGUACUCCAUUAUUGGUGGCUCUAAUUCGAGGAGAAAUCAAGCCUUUGUUUGCAUAUGAAGAUCAUCCAGAAGAAAAGAAGGAGAACGAAAAGAAAGAACUUAAAGAUAGCAAGAAAAAAGAAUCAAAGAAAUCCAAAUAAUUUUUUUUUUUGCCAAGAUAAACAAAUCAUUGCUAUUUAAUUGUAUAUAAUAUACAUACGCUAACGUCUUUUUUAAAAUAUAGUAUACGUAUUUGUUUAUAUUAAAAUUUAUUGGUUUAGCAACAAAUGCACACACAAAACUUAUAAAUAAUUUAAAAUUAAGAAAAAAAAAGAAGCUUUUGCUGAUGUUUCAUUUACAACAAAAACAAUUCAAAAUACAAGAAGAACUUAUUACUUGCAUUUUUUUCCCCGAAAGUCUAAAAUUCAAUAAAUGUACGGGUUGAGUGCAUAAUAAAACAGAAACAAUUUAUUAUAAAUUAGUCAGAAAAUAGAAUGGCGAAAAUCAACUUUAUUUAUUUAUUCUCUAAUGCAUUUUAUUUUUUUAAAUGGAGAAUCAAAAUAAACCAACCUUUUCUUAAU